AUUUUAUACAAUUCUUAAUCAGCAUUCAAGAUAUAAAUAUAUAAAAAUCACUUUAUAUGUAAAAUAAUCUGAUUUCUCAAUUCUAUCUAUCUAUUUAUUUCAAACUUCCCUUCUCAGCCGUCUUCUCUAUAUUCGCCGCAAAAACUGUAUUCCGCGGUACCUGACUACAGUAGUAGCGGGGUUUAGCGCCAUACGGAAAAAAAAGCAUUGCCCGUUUCAACCCCGCCAUCACCAACCCGCAUACAAGCGCCGCCAUCAAAAUUCUAUUCUUGCUUCUUUCCAUCACGACAUCAUCCUCAACACCACAACUCAGCCUUCCACAAUGUUUAAGAAAGAAAUCUCGCCCUCGCCAAAGCAGAAGCUCAAGUCGUCGGCCCAGCGCGGCCUGCGCCAGUCUCUGCUGACGACAUACCCCCUUCUCAACCCCUAUAUCGAAGAAGUCAUGCCCAAAAAGGCAUCGUUGUCUAGCAUGAAGCUCCCCGACCGAAACACCCUCUACAUCAUCGAUAGCACUCCGCUCUUCUACCAGCAAGACGACGUGGCAGGCACACUCAUUCCCCACUUGAAGCUCGUCCACCGCUUCCCCCAGGCAUUCCCGACAAUCCGAAUCGACCGAGGCGCCAUCCGCUUCGUCCUGUCUGGCGCUACACUCAUGGCGCCGGGCUUGACGUCCAAGGGCGGCAGACUACCGGCCGACGGCGUUCCACAGGCGCUGGAGGAGGGCAAAGAGAUGGAUCAGAAGGUUGAUAAUGAGGGCCGCUGGAGCCGAGAGCUCGUUAAGGGCGAGCCUGUUGUCAUCAUGGCCGAGGGCAAGUCGGAAGCCUGCGCUGUUGGCACGCUGGUUGCUGGCACCGCCGAGGUCAAAUCCACUGGCAAGGGCCCUGUGGUAGAAGACGCACACUUCUUGGGUGACGGUCUUUGGAAUUUGAAUUUGGAUUAAAUGCGUCUUCCUAUUUUUGGCUAUUGACAUAUAAAAGAAAGGAACGACGACGACAGCGACGACAACAAUACUUGCAUAGGGGACGUGGCAUGUGGGUGUUUGGUAACUUGGAGUUGAACGGGGAUGUAACAAUACCAAGUGUGCGGAAUACGGUUGCUCUUUUUGUGUGGGCGUGUGGCGUGAAACGCAGCAUGAAUAUAUAUAAUGAAUGUGAUGAAAUUUUCAGAAACUGCUAGAUAAUGCCUAUUGGAAGCCAAGUGCAAAGGCAAUGCUUCUUUUCGCUUGUUUGUUUUCAGCCGCUGUGUCUUGAAUCUCGCUGUAUACACAAUAUCGUUGUGAAAGAUAGAUAAAAGGCCAUGCUGGCAAAAGUAAAUACAUAUAGUGCUGUCCAUAAUUCCUCAUUGCUUGUUACUCAAGCGUCUUCUCAUCAUGAUUUGUUGUUCCUUUCAAGCCAUCAAGCCAGUUGUACAGUACGAUUUCAAAACAGCAAAGCAAGCCUCCCUCGUGGAGCCAAGUCGAGGCCCUCGUCAAGCAAUGUCAAGCUCAGAUUUCCAAAUAUCAGGAUUUCCUUUGGACUAUGCAAAAUCCACCGCAUUGAAUAUGGGCGGUCUGGACGUUCUGGAGGGCUGUGCACUGGACAGUUGUCCUCUGGACGGUUGUUCUCGUGAUGGCCCAGAUGGAUCAGCAACCGAACUACGAAUCUCCUCCUUGGAUUCCUCGUUGAACUCGUCCAAAUUUUGUGACAGCCCAAGAUGGCCAAUAAACAUGGCCAUGGCGGUAGGUGAAUGCCUGAGCCAGGAGUAAUCCAAAAAGCCAGCCUUGACAAAGUAUCGGAACCAGCACUUCUCAAACUCCUCAUUCAGACGAAUUCUAAAAGUUGCAAUACACAAAUCGAUCAGCUCAUUGAACCGACUUGAAAAGUCGGCCGUGAUUGCUGGCCAUAUGUCCUCAGCAAUGGCAAAGAUGUAAAUCAGUGCCAGCUCCUCUGCCGUAAUUUCUUGGCCAACGUAGCUUCUGGAAGAAUCCAAAAGCAUCCAUGCGCGGUAUAUUUCCUCGGAGCGAUAUUUAUAAUAGUUGUGGUCGAGCGUCACCAUGGAUCGCGAGUCAAAUGGGUUUCGAAAGAAGAUGCGUCGGGCAAUGUAGCGAUGUGCUGAGCGAAGCAACUUGGUGACCUCGGGGCGCAUUCCCCAUGCCUCGCAUUGCUCGGCGGCUUCAAGUAUUAUGACCAGAUUGAGGCCUGCUUCUCCACCUUCAAACCCAUUCGGAGUCAUGAGACAUUCGAUGAUUAUCCCAAAUACGUCCGGAUGUAUCUCGUUAAUCUGCCAUGCGCGGAUGGGAGGUCUCCUUCUGUCGUCAAGUAUUUCCCAAGCGGGAUACCUUUGCAACAGCCCAACAGGAACUCGAAACAAAUAUCCCUGUACCGAUAUUGUAGUCCAUCGCCUAGUGUAUCGUGUGUCAGUAAAAGGAGUAUUCGGGGGUUGGAAUGUCGUACUCACUGGCAAAGCCACUUGCCGCCUGCUUGAUGACUACCGGUGCGAUUGUAAUGCUCCUGUCCAGCAUGAUUAGAAUACCAGUCGCUAGAAAGAAAUGACUCAUUAUAUUGCUCUCUGGGGGCCAAUCUCAUCCUUACAAGACCUGGGAUGUUCCAUCUCUGGGGAGCAGAGAGGUCCAUAGUGACAGCGGAGCUGUCUGCCGACCUGGGAGGUUCUUGAUGUAGCUGCUGAGUAUUGUAGUGGCUAGGUAUCUCAUUUGUCCCGUUUAUCCCGUUUAUCCCAUUCGGCUAUAAAAUAUUGUUAAUAAAGUCGCCGUUAAGCGCAUAGAUACUUACCAUUGGUCGAUCCGGUUGGUCGUUGUGCACCUGGUCGCGAGGUAAUGGAACAUAUCCUGUUGGUGGUACUGGCGGGGGGGUUAUGGCGUCGAGGUAGUAGGGAUACAUGGGGUCUGAGAACGAGUCAUUUUCAACAUGAGAUCCUAAUACCCUUUGAACCAGAGGUGAAAGAUCAUGAGAGUAUAGACCGUCUAGUAUAUCACGAAGCGCAGCAGCAGCUGCUGCAUCUUCUGGUCCGUCGUGGCUUGCAAGACAUGGGGGAUCGGACUGCUUAGCUUCUGAGGAAACUGAGGUUUCUUGUACGGUUAUUUCCAAAGGAGUUUCCUGUACGGCUAUGUCCAAAGGAGCAGAUGAAGAUGGUGGAAUCUUGUUACCCUCAUCUUUGCUUUUGCCUUUCCGUUUGGAAGCGCAAGAUACUGGAGAAGAAUCCCGGGAUACCGCAUCAGAGCUUGCUCGAGGCCGAAUAAGGCGGAUGAGCUUGCCAAACGGCGCCCGAAAAAUUCUUCGCAUGGUGAAGAUAAGGGCUACAGAAAUAUAGGCUGAACUUGCAACGUGUUUAUGUAGCUGGAGGUUUUGGGGAUGCAAGAGCGAAGGUGGUGAUGGGCAAUAAGCGAGGUAUGUGUGGCCAGUGGCGGCAGUAUCGUAGAGGUAGGGAGCCGUCACUUCAUAAUCAACUCCCGAAAACAAUUUCAGUGUAGAGAAAAUGAGUGUACUGUCUAUUUUCU